UAGCAAGCUACUCCUUUCGUUUCCCUUGCAAUUUGUUCUCGAUCUCUGAAAACCAAAACAGAGAGAAAAACCCUCGACACUCUAAGCGAGAGAAGUGAAAGAAAGUUCAGAACAAAGAACCCAUGGCCAAGAGUACAGUAAGGGACGACCUCAACGCCGCGCUCUCCGAGCAACGCGAAGUGCUCAUGAAGGCGAAAACCCUAGACUCUGACCUCAACCUGGCCUAUCACCUCCAAAUGCAAGAAGCCAUGAGCGCCUCCCUUGCUCUCCAACCUUCAAGCUCACGCUGUUCAUCCCCACCGCUACCAUUUCAGCCCAACGACGCUGUUUCAUCUUCCAAUGACGACGUUUUAGACGUCGCCGCGACGCUUAUGCUGCAAGACGCGGAGAGGUUCGUGCAGGAGCUCGAGGACAGCGAGCUAAGUGAGGCGGAGAUGAGGAAAAUGCGGGAGGAUAUGGACCGUCGGAUCCACGAUCGGAAGCUUGCGGGCGAUAUCCUCAACAUCCCCGAAGAGGAAUGGGAAGAAGACGGGGACAAUUACCACCGUUCGUACCGUAUGGACCCUUCGUCAUCGUCGACCGCUUUGGUUGACACAGAGUAUUUCAGGUUAUACUCAAAGGGGUUGGUGAGCGAAGAGAGGAUUAGGGAUAUGAAGGUCAUCGUGGCCGGAGCUGGGGUCGCGAUUUGCGAUUCAAGGGACAGUCUGAUGUUGGAGGUGAGGAAGAAUCUGGAGGCGUUCGUGGAUGGUCAAGUCGUGACCAAUGAAGUUGCUGAGCUGGAGGCUCUGAUUGAAGGGCUUAAUAAAGCUCUCAGCUUGAAUUUGAAAAGGCUCACCUUCUUCUGUGAUGACUAUGUGAUUUACCAAUAUGUUACAGGUAGAGCACGACCAGAACAGAGCAAGAUUGCGACAUUAGUCAAUCAGGUGGCUCUUCUUCAGAGAAAAUUUACUCGUUGCAACCCAUCUCUUGUGGCACGUAACGAUAUUAAGUUUGCAUCUAAAUCUGCAAGAGAUGCUAUAAUUUCUCAAAUUACCUUGAGUAGCAAUGGCAAGAGUUUGAAGGAGACAUGUGUAAUUUGCUUUGAAGAUGCAGAUGUUGAGAAGAUGUUUUCAGUUGAUGGUUGCCUGCACAGGUUUUGCUUUUCAUGUAUGAAACAGCAUGUGGAGGCCAAGGUGCUUAACGGGAUGGUGGCGAAGUGCCCUCAUGAAGGCUGUAAGUCGGAGGUGAAUAUUGAUAGCUGUGGGAAAUUCUUGGCACCGAAAUUGGUUGAGGUCUGGAGCCAACGCAUGAAGGAAUCUUCUAUUCCUAUUACAGAGAAAGUUUAUUGCCCACGUCCCAGGUGCUCAGCACUAAUGUCGAAAAGUGAGGUUUUCAAAUAUACUAAGAGUAAGACCGCAUAUAUUGCUGCUGACAAAGGAGGAGUCAGAAGAUGCAUGAAAUGUGAUUACUAUUUCUGUAUCAAUUGCAAAGUCCCUUGGCAUUAUGAAAUGACCUGCAAUGAUUACAAAAGAUCAAAUCCUUAUUCCCAAUCAGAAGAUGCAAAGCUCAAGUCUCUUGCAAAGGCGAAACGUUGGCCCCAAUGUGUGAAGUGCAGCCACAUGGUUGAACUAGCCGAAGGUUGCUACCACAUCACUUGCAGAUGUGGAUAUCAGUUUUGCUACACUUGUGGUGCUGAGUGGAAGAAGGGAAAACCAACCUGUUCCUGUCCAAUCUGGGAUGAGCGUAACAUUAUACGUAAUGUCCGAAGAAGAUGAUGAUUAGGAGUAUGAUGACGCUUCUCUACCCCGUGCUUUUGUUUUGCUUUUGGAAAAAGAACAGCAAAAUGUGUCGUAUCCGCUAAUGUUGCGAAGAUAUAUGCUUAGAAAGGAUUGUUGGUGACUUGGUGAUAUUAGGCAACGGUUUCUUAGAUUUUAUGUUGAAUUUUAGCCAUGAUAACUCUUAUAUUACAG